AACACAAACACGGGCCUUUAAAGUGACUCUCUGUGUGACAGAACCGGUAUAGCGAAUACACGAAUCUAAAGUAUGCCAGUCUAUCGUGGUGGAUUUUUAUUGUAUUAUGUUUUAUACUAAUGUCUCCUGCAAUGCAAGACGAGACUGACAAAGAGCAGACCUCUGGGAACUGGUCUUGGUGGCCCUCUUGGAGACCAACAUCCAUGUCAUUACUGAAAACAGCCGAAGCUAAAAUCCUUGCCUAUAUCAAAAAUGACGUUUGGUCUAGAUAUGUGACUUUGCCAAAUCAGAACAGAAUAUGGACCCUUAAAGUCACCAAUAAAUCAGCACGCAAGCAUACAGACCAAGUUGCUCAGACGCCUCUAGUGAUGAUCCACGGGUUUGGAGGAGGUGUCGGUCUCUGGAUCCGUAACCUGGACGCUUUGAGUCAUUCUCGACCCGUCUACGCCUUUGACCUGCUGGGCUUCGGUCGCAGCUCUCACCCGUCGUUCCCGUCUGACGCCUCAUUGGCUGAGGAGCAGUUUGUUACUUCAAUUGAGCAGUGGAGACAAUCUCUGGGGCUGGAGCGCAUGAUCCUACUGGGACACAGCUUGGGUGGUUAUCUUGCAACAUCUUAUACAAUCCAGUAUCCAGAAAGAGUCAGUCACCUCAUCCUGGUGGACGCGUGGGGUUUCCCUGAGCGACCUCAGCCUCAGUUCGAGGGGUCAGGAGGUCAAGUGUCUGAGGAUAAAAGGGUCUCGCCGUCUCGCUGGGUGAAAGCUCUGGUGUCAGUGUUCGUCCUCUUCAACCCGCUGGCCGUCUUCAGAGCAGCCGGACCCUGGGGUCCAGGGCUGGUGAACAGAUUCCGUCCCGACUUCAACAGGAAGUUUGAGAAUCUGUUUGAUGACGACACCAUGACACAAUACAUUUACCACUGUAACGCUCAGAACCCGAGCGGUGAGGUGGGUUUCAAAGCCAUGGUUGAGUCGAUCGGGUGGGCCAAGAGGCCGAUGGUUCAGCGAGUUCAUCUGCUGCCCCCGUCGAUGCCCGUCAGCAUACUGUACGGCUCGCUGUCCUGGGUGGACCCUUCCACUGGAAAAACAGUCGUUCAGAUCAGAGGCAAAAGCCCCACCAGCGUCACGCUGAUCGAAGAUGCUUCCCAUCACGUCUACGCCGAUCAGCCAGAAGAGUUCAACCGAGUAGUUGAGAGCAUUUGUAACACAGUAGACUGAAUAUGAUGCACAUUGGUUUGUAUGCGCAUCUGUAUUUUUGAAAGAGGUAUGUUCCGUGUCUGUGGGAUCAGGUUGAAAGAAACAUUUAAAAGCUAAGCUGUUCUCAGUCCUUGUCGCUUCAUAUUCUGAUUUUACUGUUUGAGGCCUUUAAUGUGGAAUUGCUUAGUGAUUGUGCUGCGGGAUUCAGUGGAAACUGGUUGUGUUUGUAUUUUUUUAAACCUCUCCAUCUUAUUCUUCAAUGUGGAAGUAAGCAUUAGCUGCUAUAGGGAAAUAACCAGAAGAACGGCAACGUGCAGUAAAGGGUAAAACUGUUUGCACUACAAGCCAGUGUGUUCAUAAUACAUUAAAAUAAUAUGGUAAGUCACACUAAUUUGCAAUAUCAAGCUGUUCUGCACAGCUAAAAAUAGCUGGAUUCCAUUGAGACCGGAUGCCAGACUCAUACAAUUCACAAAGGUGGAUGUUACAUUCAGAUUUCUUUUGAGUCAUGCACUGUGUCAUGAAUGCACUGACAGUGAUUGGACAGUCAUAUUGACUAAAAGAAGAGAUAUUUAAUUAAUCAUUCAUUAUUAUAAACGAUUGUCUGUUUUUAGAACCUGUCUGCAUUUGUUUGUCUUCAUAGAUUUUUAUACUGCUAUAGUGCUUAUUUUAUGUGCACUGUAUAUUUAUUUAAGCUUUUUAUGUAUAUAAUUAUUUACGCAUCAGUGCAGCAUCACCCUGAUCCAAGUUUGUGAUUCUUACACGUUUUGUUUAUCAUGAUAAUCUUUAAAAAUGAAGACCUCUUCUGUGAAUCCUGAAGCCUAAAUGCGAAAUUAGCUAAAGGAACUGCACCGCAGUCAUGUGACUUCAACUUCACAACCAAUACGUUUCCAAAACCUCUUAUAGUCUUUAUUUUAAAACAUUUAGAAAAGUUUGCAGGAGCUUGAUAAACACAAAUGAGUCUGUAAAAGCAAAUGAGUUGAUCUGUUUUUCGUGUCCCAAUUAGUCACCAGCAACUAGCUUAAAAACAUAAGUAACAGAGUAUCACUGAUGCAUAUUAUGUUGUAGAAUAAAGCUGAACAUAUCCUGGGCUGAGAACUGAGAAAUCUCAUUUCCCUUGAUCUUUUGACAUCAAAGAGGUCAUUGUACUUUAAAAGCAUCCUGUAAGUUUCAAAACUCAAAACUUUCUCGUUAGUUUAAAAACAGCUUUUAUUGAAACCAAGCUCAGAAAAUGACUCGUUUUGUAUUGUGCCAAUUUAUGAUGUAAUAGUGCUGCAAAUGCCCACCUCUGCAACUGUUAGGCAGUCAUAGCAGUGAGUGUUUACUUGCGAUUCUUGAAUGCAUCAUCUCUGCACUCUAUUUUGUUUCUGGGAGUUUUUCUCAUUCAUGUGAUUACAAUUAAGUGACACUAUGAGGCACUGGAUGCACAAUUUUGCUUUUUGAGGUAUGCAACUGAUUUCAUCAGAGAAUGAGUUGCAUAAUUCCUGAUAAUGUUAUAUGGCGAGUGAAAAAGUAUUAAAUAAAUGUAUCAAACAG